AUGAAAUCACGUGCAUAUUUAUUAUUUGCACUAGCAGUGAUCAUAUACAAUGUGUUCAUAAAAACAAAAAGUGUGCAGGAUAAAUGGGACAAGAAGUACAAAAUAGGAAAAGGAUUUAUAAGUAUAAAUAAUAAAAAUAAAUAUUACAGUGUGUAUGGAAAGAGAAAAGAUGGGGGAAAAUUGGUAACUCACUUUAGCAAAAAUAGUAUUUUAUUACAAAUAAAGAAAAUACCGUUCAUAAAAUAUGAAGAGUUAAUGAAGCCAUUAAAGAUAAUACUCAGUUUGAGUAACAUAUUUGCUUUUAUGCUUUCGUUAAACUACUUUAACUUAAUACAUAAUAAACAUAGAAAUGCAUUAAUUGAAAUUACGGAUAAAGUUAACUCGAAAAUAUUUUUACUGACCACUAUAAAUGAUGUAAUAAAACGAAUUCCUACACAAGUCCCAACUUUUUGCAAAAUUUUUUUUUUUUGUCUUUUUCAAUUUUUUUUUCAAAAUUUUAUUUCUCGCUUUACGGCCUCUUAUUUUUUCUAUGCAAAAAAGGGGAAAGAGUUAAAAGAUGAAGGGAAUAGUGAACCCCAUAACGAUGGGUAUGAUAAGGGGAAUAGCGAUAGGAAUGACAUAGGGCAUAACGAAGCGAAUGGCGUAGGGAAUAACAGAAAAGACCUUUUUUCAGAUAACAAAUUAGACAAAAUUAACGAACAGGAUAACCAUGAGAGUACACACAGGAAUAAUGUAGCACUAAACGAACACAUUGCGGAUGAAGGUUUAAAAGAAAAAAAUUUUGAACAGUCGGAAGGGAGUGUAACUCGACCACACUGCUACGAUGAGAAAGAUAAAAAAUAUAACAUAGUUGAAGAAGCUUCUUAUGAUAACAGUGAAGUAGGGGAAAAGGAAAAACGCACAAACAUCGAGAAUGCAAAAGUUCAUAUGCUACAACACAUGUGCAUGUUAAAUCACUCAGGACUUAUACCCAUGUACGUAUUUAAUAAUAUAUUGCAAAAGUUAAAUUAUGUUGAUGAUAACAUUAACGCAUUUGUGAACUUCUACCUUUUAGUUAGUAGCUUUAUUUCAAAGGUGUACACCAAUUUGGUUAUAAAAAAAUAUAAAUUAUCAAGCGGUAAUAAUAGCAGCAAUAGUAAUAGCAGUAGUAACAGCAGCAGUAACAGCAGCAGUAACAGCAGCAGUAACAGCAGCAGUAACAGCAGCAGUAACAGCAGCAGUAACAGCAGCAGUAACAGCAGCAGUAACAGCAGCAGUAACAGCAGCAGUAACAGCAGCAGUAACAGCAGUAGUAACAGCAGCAGUAACAGCAGCAGUAACAGCAGCAGUAACAGCAGUAGUAACAGCAGCAGUAACAGCAGUAGUAACAGCAGUAGUAAUAGCAGUAGUAACAGCAGCAGUAACAGCAGUAGUAAUAGCAGUAACAUUGAUAAUAGCAAUCGGAGCUACCUGACCUUAUUCAACUCCCUUUUUCUCAAUUCAUACACAUGUUGUAUUUUUUUUUCACUUCUUUUCAAAUUUUCUAAUACGGCAAACUUACUUUAUGAAAAUUCACUCAGACAAGUAUUUCUCAUCUUUAAUAAUAUAUUAACUCCCUCCUUCCUUAUAAUUAUUUCUAAUAUAUUAUAUGAAGGUAUGAAAAUAAAAUCUUCAUUUGAUAUGAAUGGUUUACUCUUUAUCUUGUGCAACAAGUAUCUUUUGUUUCCCUCUAUUAUCUUUGCUUUGCUUUAUUUGAAUGGUUCCUACAAGAUUUUUAGCGUUAAAAAUAAUUUACUCCUUUUUUUUUUACUUCAAGCAAUGACGCCCCCAAACUACAACAUCUACUUUUUAAGCGAGAAAUUCGGAGAGUUCAAAGAAAUACAAAAGAUUCUGAGUCUUUCAUAUCCCAUUUAUCUAGUUCCUUUGUUUUUUUAUUCCUUAACUGUGUAUAAAUAUUUUAAAAAUAAGCAGAUAUAG